AAUAUACAGCUGUCCAAACAUGGAGUAUGAUUCGCCGUACAUUAUGCUAGUUCACAGGCUUAUUCACUGACAAACACCGAGUCUCAUCGACCCAAAUUAACGGUAAGCGCAUCAAAGAACUAUAGUGUUUAUGUGUAUUUAUUGGACCCGUCGAUAAGGGUUAGCAUGAGAAUGGAAAGCAUGGGAGAACUAUCGGACCAACCGGGACUGAACGACUCGGCAGCAAAUUCUGGAUCAGUGAGCGUUGUAUCUCCAAGCCAGCAAGACGAGUUUAGUCAACACCAGGAGCUGUCACCUAACAGGUCUACAGCUGGAGGAGUUAGUGUCGCAAACAUGAUUGACCCUAACGAGUAUCGGAAUCAAAUGGCUUUAGAGCCCACAUAUCAAACUUUGAAUGGGCGGAUGAGCCCAAACUACAACACAACUUCAGGACCUAACAAUUAUGCUACACUUACCCCCCUACAGCCACUGCCGCCUAUCUCGACAGUUUCAGAAAAAUUUGGACAACAGACUCCGAAUGUUAGUGGAAGUUUUACUUUUAUGCAGAACAAUAGUUUGGGAAUGGCAGACAUGGGAAUGAAUAUGAACAGUUAUCGCUAUGACAAACUUGGUGGUGUGAAUGUUAAUAUGGGUGGAAGUCCCAUGUCGAUGUCAAUGAUGACACCAGUAUCACAUAAUAAUGGGUACCCCAGUCAGAGUCUUUGUGGCUCAUACGGGUACAGCACAAGUCCUCAACACAAUGGCCUACAUUCUCCCAAGCAGGAGCUAAAACCAAUUAUUUCUCCCAACAAUACAAUCAGUUACGACCCAUACUCCAGAAGUUUGGCACCCCCCAUGACUGGGCGCCUACAUUCUCCUAACCCCAUGAUGAGCCAGACGAUAAAUGGGCUACAUCAAGCUACCCCCUCCCCACAGCACAGUCUCAGCCGGGAACGAACCCCAACUCUCAUGGACAAUGGCUCUGGUAAGGAGCUGGAAGAAAUCAACACUAAAGAGUUGGCACAGAAAAUCAGUAGCGAAUUAAAACGGUACAGUAUCCCGCAAGCUGUGUUUGCACAACGUGUCCUCUGUCGAAGCCAGGGCACUCUCAGUGAUCUGCUGCGCAAUCCCAAACCAUGGAGCAAAUUGAAGUCAGGACGUGAAACUUUUAGGAGGAUGUGGAAAUGGUUACAAGAGCCCGAGUUCCAACGAAUGUCGGCACUCCGGCUUGCAGGUAUAG